GGGAGCGGGCGUUUGAGGUUGCAGGUGUCGGCAUCGGCGUCUGACAGCGAUGGAGCCGCCCCGGGGAGCUGCUGCAGCCGCCGUCGGUGGUCUCUCGCUUUGGCUCCGUGGUCUCGGCCUCCUCCUGCUGUUGCCCGCGGUCCCGGCCGGCCCCGGUUGGGACCUGCUGGACGCUCCGCAGCCGCUGGCGGCCGGGACUCGGACUACACUGCUGGCCGGCCAGCCGGGCCCCUCGCUGGGGAGCCCUCUGUGGGAAGCCGAGGUCAGGCCCGGCGGCGGCCGGCAGCGGCGGAGCCUGAGCGGGGAGGACGAGGGCUGCAGCCCGCUACAGGGCUUCGAGGCCAAUCUGGUCAACAACACGCACCAGCAUAUAUUUGAUGAUCUCAGUGGCUCAGUAUCUCUCUCAUGGGUUGGAGAUAGCACUGGGGUCAUUCUAGUCUUGACCACAUUUCAUGUACCAUUGGUAAUCAUGACUUUUGGGCAGUCUAAGCUUUAUCGAAGUGAGGACUAUGGAAAGAACUUUAAGGAUAUCACAAAUCUCAUCAAUAAUACUUUCAUUCGGACUGAAUUUGGAAUGGCUAUUGGACCUGAAAACUCUGGGAAGGUAAUUUUGACAGGGGAUGUGUCUGGAGGAAGUCAUGGAGGAAGAAUCUUUAGAUCAUCUGACUUUGCAAAGAAUUUUGUUCAGACAGAUCUUCCUUUUCAUCCUCUGACUCAAAUGACCUAUAAUCCCCAGAAUUCUGACUACCUUUUGGUUGUCAGCUCUGAAAAUGGCCUAUGGAUAUCAAGGAACUUUGGGGGGAAAUGGGAAGAAAUCCACAAAGCAGUGUGUUUGGCCAAAUGGGGAUCACAAAACACCAUCUUCUUCACUACCUAUGUGAAUGGCUCCUGCAAAGCUGAUCUUGGAGUAUUGGAAUUAAGAAGAACCUCUGAUUUUGGCAAAAGCAUCAAGACCAUUGGAGUAAAAAUCUAUUCUUUUGGCUUGGGGGGACGAUUCCUCUUUGCUUCAGUAAUGGCUGAGAAGGGUGCAACAAGAAGGAUCCAUGUUUCCACAGAUGAAGGAGAGACGUGGAGUAUGGCUCAGCUACCUUCUGUGGGACAGGAACAGUUCUACUCUAUUUUAGCAGCAAAUGAUGAUAUGGUGUUCAUGCAUGUCGAUGAACCUGGAGAUACUGGAUUUGGCACAAUCUAUAUCUCAGAUGAUCGCGGCAUCGUUUAUUCCAAAUCACUGGAGCGGCAUCUUUAUACUACGACAGGAGGGGACACAGACUUCACCAAUGUGACUUCCCUUCGCGGAGUCUACAUGACCAGCGUCCUCUCUGAAGCAGAUAAUUCUAUCCAGUCCAUGAUUACUUUUGACCAAGGAGGAAGAUGGAAGCUCCUGAGGAAGCCUGAAAACAGCAAGUGUGACUCAACUGCUAAAAAUAAAGAAGAGUGCAGUCUCCACAUCCAUUCCUCCUACAGUAUUUCCCAGAAGCUGAAUGUUCCAAUGGCACCCCUGUCAGAGCCCAAUGCUGUGGGCAUAGUCAUCGCUCAUGGUAGUGUGGGAGAUGCCAUCUCCGUGAUGAUCCCGGAUGUUUACAUCACCGAUGAUGGGGGCUACUCCUGGACCAAGAUGCUGGAGGGACCUCACUAUUACACCAUCCUGGAUUCGGGGGGCCUGAUCGUGGCCAUUGAGCACAGCCGCCAUCCUAUCAAUGUGAUUAAGUUCUCCACGGAUGAAGGACAGUGCUGGAACAAAUACUCAUUUUCCAAAGAACCCAUUUAUUUCACUGGCCUUGCAUCCGAGCCUGGAGCUAAGUCCAUGAAUAUCAGUAUUUGGGGUUUCACGGAAUCUUUCUUGUCCCAGAAAUGGGUUUCCUACACCAUCGAUUUUAAAGACAUCCUUGUCAGGAACUGUGAAGAGAAGGACUAUACCAUCUGGCUGGCUCACUCUACAGACCCUGGAGACCAUGAUGAUGGAUGUAUCUUGGGCUACAAAGAGGAGUACCUGCGCCUGCGGAAGUCCUCGGUCUGUCACAAUGGUCGAGACUACAUGGUGACCAAACAGCCGUCCGUCUGCACCUGCACCCUAGAGGAUUUUCUCUGUGAUUUUGGCUACUUUCGUCCAGAAAAUGAUUCCAAGUGUGUGGAACAACCCGAAUUGAAGGGCCACGAUCUUGAGUUCUGUCUAUAUGGGAGAGAAGAACAUUUGACAACAAAAGGGUACCGGAAAAUUCCUGGAGACAAAUGUCAAGGGGGGAUGAGUCCAGACCGCCAGGAAAAAGACUUGAAAAAGAAGUGUACGAGCAGUUACUUGAGUCCAGACAAGCAGGUACCAAUGGAGAAAUCUUCAUCAAAUUCUACUCCAAUUAUCCUGGCCAUUGUGGGAUUGAUGUUGAUCACAAUCAUAGCUGGAGUUCUCAUUGUAAAGAAAUACGUCUGUGGGGGCAGGUUUUUGGUGCAUAGAUAUUCAAUUCUACAGCAGCAUGCAGAAGCAAAUGGUGUCGAUGGAGUAGAUAGUUUGGACACAGUCUCCCAUAACAAUAAAAAUACUUACCAUGAUGACUCGGAUGAGGACCUGCUAGAAUAGUUGUCUGAAGGAGUUGGGACAGACAGGCUCAAGUGCUGGUGAUGAAUCUGCAUUGCUUCUCAUGAUGCCUGUUUCUCUGAUGUGGGGAGCAUCUUUCCCAAUAUGAGGAACCCAGCUCCAUUUUUUUUGCUGCUUCCAUCCAGACCCAAAGGACCUUCACAACAGAAAAGCAAGACAGGGAUGGGAAACCCCUAAGACUCUUCAGGGUUCAAUGCCUCUAAGAAAAGAAGUUCUUAAAUAAUUUCUUUUUAUUUUAAUUUGUCCUUCUGCUGAGUGUGGUAGGGAUUUUCUUUUUUUUAAAAGGGAAAUGAAAUGGAGUUUGAAAGGAACGUUUCACUAAUGCUAUUAUUGCUGUAUUUUUACAUGGUGCCUACCUCAGGGUAGCUGCCAGCUCUAGCAUAAACUCUCACAUUGUGCUCCAUGCCGUCAUUGAGCUUUUACAUGAAGCAGCUGCGAGAAUGAGGAUGGAGGCUGCAAAGACUGACAUGGGCCUAACAGGUUUUCUCCAUCUGGGGACAAAGCUGAUCCAAGAACAGCAGGCACUAGCUCGGCACACAACUCCCCCGGGAUUUUACAGGGGCCAUAGACCACAGUGGUUAUUUCCCCCAUUUUCAUCAGGCAAUACCCUUAUUUGUUGCUCUCUGAGUUAAAACUGAGCCAUGAGCUUCUGAAUUACUAAAUCAGGAAAACUUAAAAGGGAAAUAUUCUUAAUUGGGGGGAGGGAGGGAAUGGGAUAGAAAGGGGUAUAUUAGAUUUAGAAUCAAGUACAGAAGAAAUUAUUGUUCCUUUUGAAGCAUUUGUCAGACAUGCUUUGUAUUUUAUGUGCAUGCUAAUGAACUUGCUGCAAAGUAUGUAUUUGAUAUGGUUGCUUGAUUGGGUUAAAUGAUUUCUUCAAGAGCUAAUUUUUUGAGUGAGCAGUGCAACCUCUGUAGGAGUAGGCAUUGCUGUAUUCCAUUUCUUUCAUUUUUGGCCCUUUGUACCUCACUGAACCAUUCGGUUGAAUUAUAAAAAAAAUCCUAUUUUAGUUUCUUUUGAGUUGCUGUUUAUCCAUCCAUCAAGUUAGAACCAAGAUUUUCAAACUUACAGGCUUUAAAAAAAAUGUAUUCCUGGAUUGCCCUUCUUCUCUCCGUUCCUUAUUCUGCCAAGCAAUUUGUUAGCUCAAAAUUUUGGCUAUACCCUUGCCCAUCUGGAGCCUUGCUGCUUAGAAAACAUCUUCCAGUCUAGAGGACAGAAGCUUUAUGAUACAUUUAAAAUUUGGGAGGGUAGGGGAACUCUUCAUUUGACAUUUUUUUCCACAAUAAUGAAUUAUGGAAUUGGGGGUGAAUUUUUUUCUCAUAUAAAGAAAAGUUGCAAUCAGUUAAACUGAUCAUUUAAAAUAUUUGCUGUACGUGAUACAGUAUAAUUAGUUCAGUUUAUGUGUACUGUGCCGGUCACAGUUUCUCAAUUUCCUCAUUUUCUCCUUUAACCGUAAUUUGGGAUUUUUCUGUCCUUAAAAACUGCUGAUUUACUGCUAGGCCACAAUUGUGGUUAGGAAGUCGGUAAAAAUUAAAUGUGCCAAAUUAACUUUUGUUGACAUGUAUGAACAGAUGGCUAAAUUCUCCAUCAUCGACAUGGAUUAACAACGGCAGGGUAAAAGUAGGGAAGAAAAAAUUCAGGAAACUUUGCAACUGCAGUAAAGUACAUGAGUCAGGAUUGCUUAGGAAGAAAAUGAAACAAAGUUAUCAGUUUUUAUAAAGGGAGCUAGCAUAUUUAUGUUAAGGCUAGAGAGCACCAGGCUUUUUAAGUGAAAAGCAGUUUUUAAAUAAUUUUAAUCUUAAGUCAUUCCAAAAAUAUACCCUAUCUCAAAUUAAAAUAUUUUCAGCAAUUCAUCUCCUUCCUUUUCUUGCUUAAAACUGAUGUUCAGAAAACUUAUUUAUAUUACAUUCCCCUUCUCAUUAUAUAUUAAAUUAAGAACUGGCACUAUCUUCCCUUUAAUGUAAAUGUUAGAAAAUAGUAAUACAGAAUAAUAACAUAUAAUGAAAAAGUUUUAAUAUUUUUAUUAGACAGUAAUACUGUCCAUUUUUACAUUUUCAUAUGCAAAGCACUUACGAGGACAUUCACAUAUCAAAGUCUACAUUCCUAAAAUAUGUGUGCUCUUAGGAUUAUUCCCAUUUUGUAGGUGAUAAAAUUGAAACAUAGAAUAAUUUGCUAAAGAUGACACCGCAGUUAGGGGCAAAACUUGUUGCUGUAGUCUUAAGAUAACUUGGACGUUUUACUUCACAAAGUCCUAGGCUGAACAUUUGUUGUUUUAUCUUUAGCUUCAAAUGACUAUGGGUCUCUAGAAAAGGACUUGAUAGUAUUUCUUUUUGUGCCUGUGCAGAAAAUAACCCAGUGAUACAUCAUCAUCCAAUUUGUUCCUGCCAUUCUGUUUUCUAAUUAGCCCAGUGGGUUAGAGAACAACCUUAGUGAAAAGUAGGUCAAAGGUGCACUUCCCAUAUGUACUAUUUAACUGCUCUUCUGCAGUUGCAACUUCAAGUCACUUUUGAUGCUUUUGGACAGAUGUGGGAUUCUUGUGCAGGAGAGAGUUGGUCCUGUAGUAGAAGUUAUUACUUACUACUUGUAGGACAAAAAGGAGCUUGAGAUCUGUGACCUCCUGAUGUGAAUCAGUAGUGCUAUCUUCCUUUCUAGACCUUGUGGUAGCGGGAGUUGUGACUUCUGAAACUUUCAUUAAUGGCAUUUGCUGAAGAGAAGCUGGAAGUAUGUAGGACUGACCCCCAAGAUCAACUGAGUCCUUUAAUCUUGGUAGAAAAGUUGCUCUCCCCCGAGAACUGGAAGCAUUUGCUUCAAGCAGUCAUUUAGGCCGGUACAUGGAGACAGAGUUGAGGUUCAGAGAUUUUAGAAAAGAUUUUGGAGGAGUGGAAUCCCUUGAAAGGAGUUCUGGGAGCAUUGUCUUCUCUUGGGUGGCCAGAAGGGGCUCUUGGUCAGCUGGAGUGUCGUGGGACGUUGAUUUAUCUCCCGUCUCUCGCAUCUUCCUAAGUUGGCCAUUGACAGAGGUGAACUAGAAACUGUGUCAGUAAGAAUGCUGCCCCAUCCUGCUGUAGACACUAAUCUGUACAUCAUGUUGUCCUCUGGUAGCUUUGGGCUGGAGGUCCUAGAAAAGUACAGGAAGCCUCCAGGCUUUCCUUCUUGGCCUAAGGACAGGCCGGACUAGCCCGGCCCCAGUCCUUUGUCACCCACAUGGGGAGAGGCCAUCUCAUGUCCCGAGAACCUGACAUAGCAAUAAAUCCGGUUGUUUAAGCAGAUCUCCUGAACACCAGCACCUCCCUUCUUCAGUCGAGCAAGUGAACACAUGUGCUUCUUCUCUGGAACAGAACCAAAGUUAAGAUUUGCUGCGUCCGUCAGCACUUACAUGGCUUGCUGUCCCAUCCUGCCAUUGUCUCCCCGGUAGCCAGCCAGCUCCAAGAGCCCGCCCUGUCCUAGGGAAUUGAUAGCCAUACCUACAAGCGCUCCAGGGCUUUCUUCCCUGUGGAGGCGGACUGUCAUAACAGGAUCUUCUUGAUUUCUCUUGCGUUAAAAUGAAACUGUCAGAAUUGAAAUACUAACUUGGUAUUAUCCACAACUACUUUCUAUGUUCAUUCUUUCAAACUGGUAUGUUCUUAAUGGUCCUUGUUUCUACAUAGGUCAUAAAGCUGAUCUCUACCUUUUAUAUAUUAUACACACAUAAAUGUGUAUCUAUAUAUUUGUGUGUGUAUAUAUGUGUGUAUACAUAUAUAUGGACAUACAAACAUAUAAAAGCAUGUAUAUUUUACAUAAUAGUGAUUUAUUGACAUGCCCCAAGAUUUUAAUGAAACUUCCAUCUUCGGUUUUUUGUCGUAACAUGAACAGCUCCCUGGAAAUUCAAUCCACUUAGCUUCUUUGGAAAAUCUAGGACGACUCUCCUGUUGUCCUAAUGGAUAGGAAUGCCGAGGGUCUCCCUAUGUCCAAUACCUGUGCCUGUUCAGUGUCUCUUCCCAAGCAAGUGGGGAUGCCAGUGCUUCCCCAACUGAGAGGCAGCUGCUUUUCUACUAAGGUGUAGGGUAGUACUGGAGAUGGUGUCACUGCAUGUACUCUCUUUUUCAUUUUCUCUUCUCUCGGCACAGCCAAUUGCAUGUAGGGCAAAUGAUGUUCCAGUAACCCACGUCCGUUACACAAUAAAGCCAUCAUGUGUGCACGUGAGCACACACACACACACACACACACACACACACACCCCAAGCUCUUCCAUAUUUAGUAUCUUCCAAGAAAGGGUCAAAAAGAUUGAAAUGAAACUCAAAUUUCUUUAGCAUUAUGUAAAUAAAUCUGGAUGUGUUUAACUUUGUACUGGUAUUUUUCUGUAUAUUUGCAAUAUUUGGGUUAGAAUAAAACAGAAUGGACUUUGUGUUACCCGA